UAGUUUGUAGGCCUUUGACCAUUUCCACUGUGGGCGCAACGUUGCAGUUUGCAAUCUCCCGUAUUUGAAAAGAGUAGCCACAAGUGUAAGGGCUGCAUAACUGCAAGUUUUCAAGGAUUUCAAUGGCAGAGUUGAACCCUCUCAGCAUAAUUUUGGUAGAAAAUGGCAGCAAGGGAGAUCGCCUUCUGUUCCGCUAUCCCUAUGCAGAUGAGCCAACUGCCCAGGUGACAAAAAGUUACCGGACCAAUCCAUAUGCCUUGGAUGUUACGGAGGAUUUGUUUGCUACGCGGACUCGGCACUCCUCCAACAUUAGCAAUCACAGGCUAGUCGGCUUCACAAAUAAGGUCCUGUCGAACCUCUGUGCUGUCCAAUCUCGGCUGGUCGGCCAGAAGUUCGAGGUCAAGGUCAAUGAUGUCCGCUUUGUGGGGCACCCAAUCUCCAUCCAGGCCGACCACCGACGCACCUCCAACGAAGAGAACAAGUCUACCAUCCACCUGUUCCACAUCGUCUUCGCGCUGUGGGCGAAGGCGAACCACUCUGUGGUCAACUGCUACCACGACCUGAGCCGACGCGUGGGCAUCGCCGUCUAUCACGAGGAGAAGCGGUGCCGCUACAUCACUAAGCAGGCUAAGAUAAUGUUAGCCGUGCACGACGACUACGCCUCCCAGCCGGAGUCGAGCCGGGUCGAGUCGCCGUUCAGCCUGGUGCUGAACGCCAGCCAUCUGGCCCGCGAGCUGAAGGCGGUCUACGACGGCCUGGUGCAGACCGGCACUGUCCAGCUGAGCAUCGGGGGCUGGAUCGAUGUCAACUUUUGCCUGCCGCAGAAGAUACACAAGCUGCACCUGGACGAGUGCACGGUCGAGCCGGAGGACAUCUAUCGGUGUCUAAGUCUGCUGAAGCCGUACCACACGCUGCUGCUGCUGGAGGACGAGCGCGACCUGCUGCCGUCGCUCAGCCCGGACGCGUCGCCGACGCUGCGCCGGCUGGUGCGCGUGGCCAACCCGGUGCGCAGCCUGCAGCACCUGGCCGCCGACGCCGACCUCACACUGCGGCACGUCUUCGAGCUGGUUAGUCAGCUGGUGUACUGGGCAAAGGCCACAAUCAUCUACCCACUGUGUGAGAAGAACGUGUACGUCAUAUCCCCGCACGCGCCCACCAACCUAACCUCCAAGCUGACGAGCGACUUCUCGGAGGAGUUUGCCGGCCAAAGCCUGCAUCAGGUGCUGGCCGAGUACUCGCUGCCGUCGACGCUGAGUCAGAAGGUCACGCCGAUCACAGCGCAGCAGCAGCAGCCGACCAAGGUGCAGGUGCUGGUGUGGCUGCUGCAGAGACGGCUGCUCAUGCAGCUGCACGUCUACGUCUUCUUCACGCCCGCCACGAGGCUUCCCAGCACCGCGCCGACCAGCCGGCAGUCGACGCCGGACAGCAUGACGACGACGGUCAACACGGCCUCGGACACGAGCUCAGUGGUGGACGGCGCCGUCCCCAUGAGUCCCGUGCCGCUGGAGCACAGGGCGGAUCUGCUGCUGAGCUCACUCACCGAGCCGGAGCGCGAGGCCGUGCUCAAAGUACCGGCCGCCAAGGACGUCGAGAAGCUCCGGCUCUUCGCCAAGCUGCUACGCUACUUUAAUGGGAUGUACCACCUGGAGGAGAUCAUGUACAGGGAGAACCUGCGACGCUCACAGAUUCACCAGCUGCUAGAGGAGUUCCGCGACGUGCUUACCACGUGUCAGCGCGACGACGAGAUGUCCUUUCACCACGGUUGACCGGCGGCAGUUGGCUUAACAGUGCGACUGGUCGGCGCGGUGAUGUCUUCAGACGGCUGACGGGCGGAGCCGGGUCUGUGUGCUACAGCUGGCGGUCGGAGAGCAGACUUAUCACGUGUGUGGACGUGACGUGCCAUAUGGAGUCGUAUUGACGUGCCACGUGAGGGAGAUGUGCAGUUGCCCCGUGGCUGGCUGGCGGGAUGGUGUCUUUCUCAGGAACGCGAUGCGGCGUAAUGCUUGAGGCUGGUCGCGAACUGCGACCGUGCAAUUAUUGCUUAAGGAUCCUGGAACCCAUAAAGGUGUCCAUAGGGAAGUGUUCUGUGCGCUGAUUGAAUAGCCUUGUGCAGAUUCUGUGCUCGGCUGCCAGUGGUCAUACCAAGGAGCUGCCUGGAUGGCGACCGUUGCACGCGGACCCAAUCGAUAGGCUGCAAAUGAAAUGGAUGCGCUCAUGCUGCGAACGCUUGGAGAAUGCAGUAUUUGAACGUACAUGUUCCUUUCCUUUGAUAGAUGGAACGAAAUGUUUUUUUCUCAUAUACUUC